CUGGGAAUGAGACCACAAAUCAGAAGCAAGAAGAACUUUUCCUUCCUUCGGGAGUUCCCACUCCGAAGUCAUCUUUCCUUUCAACGGGAAUGAACUAUUUCUCUGCAGAAGAAGAAACAGGUGUAGGAAAACCACAAAUGGGGUAUUUGAUUCUUUAUUUUGCCAAAUAAGCAUGCAACCUGAUUACUUCCAAACUUUUUUUGUUUAAAGGUUUAAGAAUAUAACCAUUGACUUUUGAACGCAUUUAUGACAUGCCUUAAACUGAAGUGUGGAGAUCCUUUCGUCGACACAUAGAAUAAAGCAACGGAAGCCUUUUGUUGGAGAGACUGUGAUUUCUAAAGGUGCGUCUCUGGCGCCCUGUGGUGUAUGGCGCAAAGAGGCGUCGCAGCAGGCAGAGAGCUGUACUGGUUUCCAACCGAGUCACCAUGGCAAAGUGGUUCAAGGAGUUCCCCAUCAACCUGAAGAAUGGUGCCGACAGGAUCCGCUCAGCCUCCGAAUCGGGCUCACAACCUCGAGCCAAUAAAGCCGGGCUGGUGGCCAGCAUCGGUACCAAAACAUCGGGCUCCAAAUCGGGUCAUCGGAAGAACUCCUCUGGGGACACCACGGGCGGAGGAGUCGGGUCUCUCCUGUCCGGAAGAAACCGGAAGAACUCCGCCACAGAGUUGAGUAGAAGUGGUGCCAUCUCCCCGAAAGAUGGCACAGUUUGGGAGAACCUCCUGUCUGGAAAAAGUCGCAAGAACUCCAAAGCGCUGCCGGUGUUUGAGGAGCAGCACCGACCCCCGAAAAGCUCUCCAUCUGCCAACGCGUUCAUCAGCCGGCUGAUCCGAGUGGACAAACAGGACAAAAGCCCCAACUUCAACAGCGCCACCAUCACCAAUCAAGUGGUACCCGAAGCAGAGAAACCAGGCCAGUGCAAUACCGAGACGGUGAUCAUCCUUGAGGAUUACGCAGAUCCCUUUGAUGCCCAGAAGACCAGGGAGCAAAGGGAGGCCGAGAGGGUCGGGGAGAACGAUGGCUACAUGGAGCCGUACGAUGCCCAGCAGAUGAUCACCGAAAUCAGACGUCGGGGGUCCAAGGACCUGCUGAAGGUGUGUGUGCUGGUGGAGGCGAGCGAGGCAACGGUGGAGGACAGUGCGCCCGUGCCCUUACAGAUAUAUGACGUCCCGUAUGAGGGCAGUGGUGACGGGGACAAGACGGCGGUCAUGCGGCCCGAGCUGCCCUGGGAGUGGAAGAAAGAGCAUAUCGUCAAAACUCUGUCAGCACAGUUUGACAGCCCUGAACGCCAAACCAAAGAGGAGAUGCCUCACCCCACACUCACCAGGCAGCCCCAACACCCGCUGGCCCAGCCUCCGCAGCAGCAUCAGCACCUGAGGCAGAAAAGCUGGACCCAGAAGAUCCUGCGGUCCUCUCCCACGACGCCGUCGCCAUCCUGCAACCCCGGCAGCAUCCCCGACCCCGAGGCCUGCUGCGUUGACCCCUGCCUGCCCCUGGAAAAACAGAGCUGGUACCAUGGCUACGUGACUCGCCAGGAGGCGGAGUUUCAGCUGCAGUCUUGCAAAGAGGCCAGCUUCCUGGUCAGGAACAGCGAGUCGGACAGCAGCAAGUACUCCAUCGCCCUCAAGACGAGCCAAGGCUGCGUCCACAUCAUUGUUGCCCAGACCAAAGAAAGCGGCUACACCCUGGACCAGAUCAGCUGCGUGUUCGCCAGCAUCCCAGAGGUGGUGCAUCACUACUGCUCCCGCCGUCUGCCUUUCGGCGGCGCUGAGCACAUGACCCUGCUGCAUCCAGUGCCUCGCAUCCACUGACUCCACCCCACCCGAGCUUAGGUAUACAAACCAAACACACCUCUCGGCCUGCAGGGAUACAAUGUUUCCAGAAAUCAGUCCCGACCUCACCUCUCCGACCAGUCUGCAGACCUAAUGCUCCAUCUCACGUUAUAACCUGACUGUGGGACACUACUUUGUUAUUUUUAUGAUUUUUAAUGUUAUAAUCAGAAAAAAUGUGCAGCUCACUCUGUGUCUCCUUAUGUCUUUAUUGUCCUGUUGAUGUUAAGCUGAUGCAAAACAUCCAGGCUGCUGUUUUGCAUCUGAGCCGAUGAGGCAAUUUUAAUGAUGACAUGUGAGUUGGAUUGGGACCAAGACUCAUCCUCUGAUGUUUUAAUUAUCCAGUGUGGCUCUACUAGAAGCUCCACGGGAUAUUGUUGUUAUUGUUGUUAUUGUGAUUAAGUGAAAUGUAAUAUGAAGCAGAAAGGAUUCUGACGGAGUGAGUCUCAGUAGUUUGUGGCUCUCCUUCGCCCUCUGGUGGACGUGCUGGUACAAUGCACCAACAUGCCUUAACAAAGAAGUCUCUUCUUUCCUCCAAAUUGAUGGGUAAAACCCAAACACGGAGCAUAUCAUUACACUUAUUAUGAACAAAGAGCAGCUAUUUUAAUAUGUUGUGCUUGCAGCAUGUGUCUAAUUUAUGCUCCUAUACUUGUUGGUUGUAACCAAUGGCUCUUGAGGAUUUCCUCUGUUUUACUGUGAAUGAGGGAGCUGUUUUCACUGUGUUGUCUGCACUGUGAAGAGUGAGUGAUUCACUCGAAUGCAAUGUGCUUGACAGACCAUGGCUUUACGAUUGUUGCUGUUUUUCAUGACGAGAACUGAGACCACGCUUCAUUCUCAGCAACAUAUCCCUGUCCGUCUGGUGGAAAACCCUGCAGAUUAUUAUGAUUUGUAUUGAGAAAACAUUGUAAAAUUAAUGUUUUUUUUGUCUGCCUUCUUUAUGUCUACACAUGGGGAUCAUUUAUCAAAUGACAACAAUUGCAAUACAAUAAACAAAAACGUUUUAAACUGUAAAAAGAAGAAGCCAUUGUUCAUCCAGACCUCUGAUGCUGCUCUCCCACAUUUUUUAUUGCCCCCUGGUGCUAAGAGGCAGAAGACCAACUUGAUGAGUGGUAACUAUAUUGUAAUCACAAGGGUCUUAUUUUUCUUUGUGUAUUUCAAAUGUAACUCAAACAUUUGGCCUGGUAUGUGUACUCUUAAUCUAGAGAUGCUUGAAAUCAUUUGGAUGAUUCUCAUCUGCAAUAAAUCCAGGAUGACAAUAAAAUAUGGUUAAACUAAGACUACGUUCUGUCUUAAGUUAUCUUGUUUUGGACGUCUGCCAGUUUCUAUAUCUCUACAAAGAUUUAAGCAAGGUCAGCUUGUGGUUUUUGGCAGAGCACUGAAGCAGACGUUUUACGAGGACACACACCUGCAAAGCAUAACUCACCGUUCUUCUUGACUUGUUAUAUCAAGACCUGUUGUUCAGAAAUUGUAAAACCGAUUAGAAUAAAAGUAUGUGAAUCUC